AUGAUUAUUGAUGUUGAUGGAAUUGCAUAUUUGAAAUCAGAAUUGUCUCAUCGUUUUGAAAUGAAAGACUUAGGUACAUCAUCUUAUUUUUUAGGGUUCAAAGUUGUUUCUUUUCCUAGAGAUUAUCUUAUCUCUCAAUCCAAGUGUGCUAAGAAUGUUAUUGAGCAUGCUCAUCUUACUAAUACUCCUCUUGAAUUCGAAACUCGAUAUUCACCAUUUGACGAUUUUGUUUCAACUCCUACUAUAGUUCAUUGGGCAGCUAUUGUUCUUAUUUUGCACUAUCUUCAUGCUACUUGCUUUCAGAGUUUUUUAUUUUUAUCUACCUCCUCUUUAGUGCUUCGUGCCUACUCUGAUGCUGAUUGGGCUAGUAACUCCUCCGACGCAAGUCUACUACUGGCUUUUGUAUCUUUUUGGAAUGACACUGUUUUUCUAGCUUUUGUUUCUUCAUUGUUGCAACUUGCUGACUUCUUUACGAAGUCUCAGCUAUUUCCUUCUAAG